UUAUUCCCAUAUUCUUAAUAUUACAUGGUGAUCUUGAUAAUAUUUUUCCCCUGGUUUAACAGUAACAGUUGGUAAGACUUUAUAGUCUUAUGCUAUGGUUUUGUGGUUGUGGUUACGAUGUUUAUUGUAUUUGGUUGCUGAUUGAUGAUUUGCAGAUUAAUGAUUUGAAGUCACUUGUAAAUUUAAGAAAGUGGCACACACCAUUAAAGCUUCCACAAUGUGAUUAUUUACUUUUUAAGUUGAACUAUUAAUAGAUCGUCAUUACAUUAUCGAUUUCCAGUGGAGCUUAUGACAGGUGUUUACACUGUUUGUAUUACACAAGUGUCAAAACGCAAUCUGAGAAUCAGCUGAGAGUCUCAUCAAAGACCAUUUUUGUAAGAAAAUAGGCUUUAAAGGGCCAACUUAACUACUUUUUAAUACUGAAAAUAUUUCUAAAUCGGCAAACUGGAGCGUUUACCGGAAUAUCUCCGCGACACCGUGGACUGGUUUAUGGGGAAGGCAAGGCGCAAAGAAAGGGAAGGCAUCGAAACUGGCACGUCAACCGACUCAAAAUUAUACUUAGAAGCAGCUGUUCUAGAAAGAAAAUUGCCCGAUAUGGACAUGAAAACAUUAGUAGAAUUGCCCGCUGGUCUAGAUUACAAUGAAUGGCUUGCAUCACACACAAUGGCUCUAUUUGACCAUGUGAAUUUAGUUUAUGGGACAAUAAGCGAAUUUUGCACAAAUACAAGUUGUCCUGAUAUGACUGGACCAGGCCAAAGAACUUACCUAUGGUUCGACGAAAAAGGUAAAAAAACUAAAGUAGCCGCACCUCAGUACAUAGACUAUGUCAUGACAUUUAUACAAAAAACUAUUAGUGAUGAAAAUAUCUUUCCUACUAAAUACGCUAACGAAUUUCCGUCAUCGUUCGCGUCUAUAGUUCGGAAGAUAGUUAGACUAUUGUUCCACGUUAUAGCGCACCUCUACGCCGCCCAUUUCAGAGAGGUGGUAUUGUUGGGGUUGCAUGCACAUUUGAACUUGACCUUUGCGCACCUGAUGGCGUUGCAUCAUCGUUUUUCGCUGAUUGACGCCAAAGAGACCGAAGUACUUAGGGACUUAGAAAUAGCCUUGCAUUUAUCGGACGAUAGCAAUCACGAAUCUAGUGCACUUAACGACCCCACUGACGUGGAUGGUAAAGACAAGGAAUCUGAGAGCAAAUCACACACUUCGGACGAGAAUAGUGGUGAUUCGAAGUCAUAGUUUUUAAAUAGUGGAGGACAAUAGAGAAAUUGAAACGAAAUUGAGAAAAAUUUGAGCGUUUCUUAACAUAAACUCACUCUUUAUCCUACUAUAACCAGAUUCCUUUUUAAGUUCGUUGUGAUAUUUAUAGUAUCUUCCAGUUGGAGGUUGAGAGAAGAGUAAGCGGUACCUUUAAUGCUUAAUUUACGCCGAAAGUUGCGAAAAAAAAA